ACGGCGUAGCUGGGAAAAGCAAGGCAGCACUGGAACUGGUGCACAUGGACCUGGUAGGACCUUUUCCAGUCCGAGGAAGUAAGGGGGAAAGGUACUUCCUGACAAUAGUUGAUGACUGGAGUCGGUUGAUGUGGGCAUACCCGUUGAAGCAGAAGGAUCAUGCUGCCUCAACAAUACGAGAUGAUUGGCUGCCGUUUGUCGAGCGACAAUCUGGGCACCCAUGCAAGAGCAUCAGAACCGACCGAGGUGGAGAGUUUCUAGGAGGAGAUCUGACUGCGACCAUCCUGGAAACUGCGCGAGCGCUGCUGAUCGAAUCAGGGCUGGGGAACUCCAUGUGGCCUCAUGCGGUGAGGCAUGCUACAGUGGCAAGGAACCGCGUACUCACAAAGGUAGCUGAUGAUAUGUGGGUGCCGUUGGAGAGGUGGCUUGGAAAGAAGCCUCCAGUGGACAUGCUCAGAGUGUUCGGAUGCAUGGCAGUGGCGCAUGUCCCUAAACCAGAGCAAGGGGUGGCUACUCUGGGAGCCCUCAAAGAAUGUGCUGUUUGACAGUCGGGAUGUCAAAUUUGUGGAGAACAUCAUGUAUGGCAAGUGGGAGAAGCAGCUGGAGGCAAGGGUCACCCAGCAGCUGGAAGAGAUCACUAUGCACUUCGAUUUGUCCGAACCUGAGGACAGCGAAGUCACUGCGCCAACGGCAAGCGGUACUGAUGAAGGAAGCAAUGAGGAUAUU